AGGAGGGAUUUGUCCUCGUGGUGAACAAAAUUUGUUGCACUAACCAGACCGACCUCCAGCCUGAAAUCUGAAACUGCAGAAGUAGUGUGGCUCACAGAGCAUUUGCAACUCUCUGCAGUGCGCGCUCUCUCUCUCUCUCUCUCGCUCAGUUCACUUUCGCCAGACUGGUUUCACACAUCCUCCAUCAGAGAAAACUUCAACAGACACACUUCUUCUGCUGCAGUGGAUGAUCCUGAGGGGAAACCAUGGUACCGAUGGGCCUUCAUCUGAUUGGUCUGUGUGUGGUGUUUUGCAUCAGCAGCAGCUUGGCCACACCUCUACCUUUUUACAGUAUUCUAGAAGGAAGUACAGAUGAGGAAGAUCUCAGCAUCUUAACUUCCUCUCCGCCCACCAGCAACCUUUCCUCUGAGUACCAAACCACACCUGUUGGCCCCACCCAUGUGGAAACUGACUUUCUGAAUCGAGUUGUGGACUUUCUGGAGGAGAACAUGCUCCUUAUCCUUGUUGCAGGCUCUUUCAUCCUUCUCGUCUUCCUUCUUAUCUGUGGGGCAAUUAUCAUGAGCCGCAGGCGCAAAGUCAAUGCCUAUUACCCUUCCUCUUUCCCCUCAAAAAUGUACGUGGAUCACAGGGACAAAAGCGGAGGUGCUAAAGUCUUUAAUGAAGUGCCAGAAAAAGCUGCUCCCGAGCAGGAAAGUGAGGCGGUGGACUCUCACAAGCAGCUGCAGGCAGACAUUAUGAGGGCUGCCAAGAGGCUGCGCACCCCAAAUAAAUGUGUUGAUGCUGCAGAGGGAAGUGAUCCCAGUCAGAAAGUAGCAGACCACAGUCCUGAGGACAGCUCUCAUCCAGAUGGCAGCAUCCUGGACCAGCAGCUACCAAGUCUCCCUGAGGAAAAGGGUCUGUGUGGGCUUCCUGACAGUGAAGCAUGUGCAGCUGUAACAGCAGGAGGAGGAGCAAGCCUUGAGCUCAAUCCUCCAGAGGAAGAUGAUUCACGGGAACCUUUAACUGGCAGGAGUCUGCGGCCGUCCUCUCUGCAUAUUCACAAUGACUCCGCUACACUUCAGCUGAUCGCAGGAGACAAAACUGCGUUCUAACUAUUCUGAACACUGUGACCUGAAUGUAUUGUUUUUUAACACUUUGAAUCCAUGAGUAGCAAUUUGUCAAGCAAAGAUUUAUCAAGAGAAAUGCAGAAAGCUUGCUAAAUUCCAAUCCUGUGAGUUUGUGUAUGUAUAUUCAGUGCAGGGAAAUGUUACUUCGCUUUGACUGGAUUAUCUUUCAUACCAUAUUAUAAACAUCGAGUAACUUCACUAACAUCUUGUAUAAAAUAUUUCUUUGUCAAAUACAUUUCGCUCAGUGUGCAUCUAAUUCCUUCAAUAUUCCUGCAUAGAUGUAAACAUUGUGUGGUAUGGUCCCGUGUUUAUUCAAACAGUAACUUUGCAUGUUCAAGAUUAGUAAAGUAUAGAAAAACAGACUGAGAAAUGUUUUGGUUUCAGAAUGCUUUUAUUGCUAAAUAAUCAAAUUACACUUAAACCCAGUGGACCCCUUCAUCGUUUCAAGCCACUUUGUUUCAUUGCAUAUCAAAAGUUCAGUGCUUAGGGUGCAGAUAGGAUACGGCCUUUAGCAUUAAUCCCCGUCUCCAUCACACCACUCAAACUAAACUCUCCCCAAGCACAAAAUCUUAAAAUAUAACAAUCUCAAAAAUAAGGCUCACCUUUGUACCGA